AUGGCCAAUAUCAACUCAAUGCCACAAGAGAGGCCUCCGAGCGAGUAUACACCGCAAGCACGCUUAACGAUCCUAGGUUCCUUCACGGGCCUGUUCUGCACGGUUGGGUUCAUGAACUCGUUCGGGGUAUUUGAAGAAUACUAUGGGGAAAAUAAGCUUGCUGAUCAAUCCGCAUCAACUAUCGCAUGGCUUGGGGCAAUCAGUAUCUUCUGCAUCUUUUUCAUGUCGGUUUUCUCCGGUCAGUUGCUGGAUGUGUUUGGACCUACUUUAAUGCUUUGUGUGGGUUCACUAGGGACUGUGUUCUCACUGAUGAUGACGUCGCUCUGCAAGGAGCUCUAUCAAUUUAUCCUCGCCCAAGGAUUCCUUCUCGGUAUCUCUCUAGCACUUCUAGCUUGCCCCAUGAUAGCCCUUGUGGGACAGCAUAUCAAGGUGAAACGCGGUGCAGCGCUGGGUAUAGUCCUCGGCGGUUCUUCUCUCGGAGGCGUGAUCUGGCCAAUUGUCAUCAAUGAGUUGCUCCGGAAGCCAAACAUUGGAUUUGAGUGGACCAUGCGAAUUGUUGGAUUUAUCAUGAUCCCCCUUCUCGCUGUGUCUUGCUUCUGCUGUCGCCCACCCAACACAAGCCCGAUCCCAACUCAGCCACCCACGUCCGUUGACAAAGAGGCUGUAGUAGGUGAGAAAAAGCCAUCGGUCCACAAGACGGACUUUUCAGUCCUCAAAAAGCCCAGUCUCCAACUCUCCUGCCUCGCAUUCUUCAUUAUCUAUUUCGGAAUGUUCUCUCCAUUCUUCUAUACCACUUCCUAUGCAGUCUCAAAAGGAUUUUCCAACAACCUGGCAUUUUAUACCAUCUCGAUCAUUAACGGCGCUUCAUUCUUCGGUCGCAUUCUUCCAGGUAUAAUCGCCGACCGGUAUGGAAAGUUCAACUGCUGUAUUGUCUUCGUUUUCUUCUCCGGGAUCAUUGCUCUCUGCUGGACCAAAGCGACAUCCGUGGCCGGACUAGUUAUCUUCUCUCUUGCAUAUGGCUUUGCAUCUGGAGCAAUUCUUUCGCUCCAACAAGCUUGUGCAGCGCAGGUUUCCACGCCCCAGACAAUCGGCUUAACCAUAGGUACCGUCAUGGCAGCAACAUCGUUCUCAGCAAUGGCUGGAAUCCCCAUCAGCGGCGUACUAGCGGGUAAAUACGGAUAUCUAGCACUCUCGGUCUACUCCGGCGUGAGUCUCUUAGUAGGGAGCAUUCUGUUGGCGGCGGCGCGAUUCACGCAGAGCACGGAGUUGAUGGCUGUUGUGUAG